AAGGAAAUAUAUUUUCUUUUGUCAUAAAAACUUAGUGAUAAUCACAUUUCUAGCUUAUAUAACCUCUGUGCACCGAAGCGGAGAUAUCAAAGUCGUUCAAGUCAAGUUGAAGUAACUUGAAUUUUAAUAAGAACUAGACAAAAUGCGUUUAUCAUUAUUGGGAGUGACUAUUGCCACCAUAUUUGUUUUGGCAAUUGUGCAUGCUCCUGUAGAAGCAAAUGCUGUCGCCGAUCCGGAAGCCUGGUGGAUUUUUGAUAAUUGGGGCAUAGAAAGGCUUUAUAACCAACUUAAACAUAAAAUAAGCGAUAUAGAAACAAUAGGAUUAGAAGUACUGUGUACAGAUGUUCAUUUAGAAAUGUUUUGUGCGUUGGUGAGUUUGUUUGAAAAUCUUUGAUUGAAAAUAAGUGUGUCGACCAGUAUAGCAGAACCUAUGCGAUAUAUGAUGUGUAAUCCGUCUGAUUUAUAAUUAUAACAUGUGUGCACACAAUACAUUUGGAUCUGUAUAAAACAAAAUAAAUAUAAUCUUUUCAUCA